AAUUAUAGCCCGGAGGCAGAUACAGUGUGGCGAACGAACACUGCUCAACUUACCACAAGCGUCAUGGGUUCCUCAAGCUCUAAAACACUGAAAUCUUCAAACAAGAAAGGUAAGAUGAAGGCUUCAAAUGAUGACUAUGUGGAAGCCAUUGUGUGUCAAGAAUCAGAUAUACAAGAAAACCAGAUGAAGGCAUUUGAACUUGGAGAUGCGGGUAAAAUUCUUCUGGUGAAACAGAAUGGAAAAUUAUCAGCAAUAGGUUCCAAAUGUACCCAUUAUGGGGCUCCUCUUCAUGCUGGAGUGCUGGGUAGUGGGAGAGUCCGUUGCCCAUGGCAUGGUGCUUGCUUCAACAUUGCUACAGGAGACAUUGAAGAUUUUCCAGGACUGGACAGUUUACCUUGCUACCAGGUAGUGGUCCAGGAUGGAGGAGGUGUGAAAGUGAGGGCCAAGAGGAGUGAAGUAAAAUCCAGCAAGAGGGUUAAGGAAAUGGUUUUGAGGGAUAAAGCAAACAACACUACUUUUGUGGUUGUUGGUGGAGGUCCUGCAGGAGCAUCGUGUGUAGAGACUCUUCGUCAGGAAGGUUUCACAGGGCGGAUUGUGCUUGUCUGUAAGGAACCGGCUUUACCUUAUGAUCGUGUAAAAACAAGCAAGGCUUUAGAUGUUAAACUGGAGAGUAUUACAUUUCGAACCGCUGCUUUCUAUAAGGAAAAUGGAAUUGAAGUAUUGACAGGCACAGAAGUGACUGGAUUAAAUCCUGAAACAAAGGUUGUGAAACUCAGCUCUGGAAGUGAGCUGAAAUAUGAUGCUGUCUUCUUAGGCACUGGUUCAGACGCUCGUUGGCCUACAAUUCCUGGAGCAAGACUGAAAAAUAUAUUUGUGGUUCGAACAAUAGAAGACUCAUAUGGUAUUUAUGCCCAGCUUGGGCCAGAGAAGAAUGUUGUUAUUCUUGGAGCAUCAUUUGUUGGUAUGGAAGCUGCUGCAUAUUGUGUAGAGAAUGUGAAGUCAGUGACUGUGAUUGGUAGGGACAUUGUUCCAUUCCGUGCCAUUCUAGGAAAGGAGAUUGGAUCCCGCCUAAUGGGACUGCACAAGGAGAAAGGGGUUUUGUUCAAGAUGGAAUCAGGAGUGGCUCGCUUCCUAGCAGGCCCCUCGGGUGAUACAGUGAAUGAGGUAGAGCUCACAGAUGGCAGCAUUCUACCAGCUGACGUAUGUGUGAUCGGAAUAGGGUCUGACCCAGCCACAAAGUUCCUUGAUGGAUCAGGUGUGAAUCUUGACAAGAGUGGUGCUGUAAUUGUUAACAAGCAUUUGGAGAGUAACAUAAAGGGUGUGUUUGCUGGUGGUGACAAUGCAUAUGCCCCUAUACUAGACACAACUGCAUGCAUUGGACACUGGCAGUUGGCACAUUACCAUGGCCGUAUUGCAGCACUCAAUAUGGCAGGCAAACAGACAGAAGUACAGACUGUUCCCUUCUUCUGGACCAUGCUGUUUGGAAAAGGCGUUCGUUUUGCAGGGUAUGCACCAAAAUACGAUGAAGUUGUGAUAGGUGGCAGUGUGGAGGAAUUGAAGUUUGUGGCACAUUACAUUGUUGGCGAUCGUGUGGCAGCUGUUGCAACAAUUGGAAGUGACCCUGUUGCAGCCAAA